CAACUAAAGCUAGAACAAACCCUUAAGCGGUACACACUUGUAUACAGUAUACAACGGCCUUCUAUAUAUCCCACCACCAUCCUUCAAAACCAAAACAGCAUCUCUAAUUCUUUUCAUCAUCGUCUAGAAAAAUGGCAACUGAAACUGGUUUAGUAAAAAUGUUCUUCUUCCCCUUCACAGGAGGCGGCCACCAAAUCCCAAUGAUAGACAUAGCAAGAGUUUUUGCAUCUCAUGGGGCCGCCUCAACAAUCAUAGCCACACCCUCCCACGCUCUCAACUUCCAAAACCUCAUAACUAGAGCCCAGAGCUCCGGCCACCCUAUCACCAUCCACACUCUCCCCGCAGAAAUACGCGACGCUACCGACAUCACCGCCGGACCAAUGAAGGAUUUCGAGGAUAAGGGCUUUGGAACUAUCAUCAACAGCUUUUACGAAUUGGAACCUGAUUAUGCUGAUUACAUGAGGAACGAGCUUGGGAAGAAAGCAUGGAUUGUGGGACCGGUUUCGCUUUGUAACGGAAGCGUAGAAGAUAAAACCCAGAGAGGGAAGUUGUCCACCAUUGACGAGCAAGGUUGCUUGAAAUGGCUGAACUCGAAGGAACCGCAUUCAGUUAUUUAUGUCUGCUUUGGAAGCUUGAUUCGGUUACCACCACAGCAGCUCAAGGAAAUCGCUUACGGUCUUGAAGCUUCUGGUAAAUCGUUCGUUUGGGUUGUUGGAAAAAUUAUGAAGUCAUCGCCCAAAAACAAAGAAGAAGAUGACGAAGAUGAUGUUCAAACAUGGCUCCCGGAAGGGUUUGAAGAGAGGAUGAAGGAAUCAAACAGAGGAUUGAUCCUUAGAGGGUGGGCUCCUCAGCUUUUAAUUCUGGAACAUGGCGCCAUUGGAGGGUUCGUGACUCAUUGUGGUUGGAACUCAACUCUAGAAGGAGUGUGUGCCGGUGUGCCUAUGGUGACGUGGCCGGUGACGGCGGAGCAAUUCUUGAAUGAGAAGCUGGUGACGAGUGUGUUGAGAAUUGGAGUGCCAGUUGGGAGCAGAGAGUGGGUGUGGUUUAGUGACGAGUGGAAAGAGGUGUUGGGAAGAGAGAAGGUGGAGAUUGCGGUGAAGAAGUUGAUGGGGGAGAGUGAGGAGGCGGCGGAGAUGAGAAUGAGAGUGAAGAAGAUUGCUGAGAGUGGCACAAGAGCUGUUGAAGAAGGUGGAACUUCUUAUCAAGAUGUUGAUGCCUUGAUUCAAGAGCUUCAAGAACGCAAAGUUAAUAAUUGCAAUGGCGAAGUUUAGAUUAGAUUGCCCAACAAUACAAAGAAGUUGUACACUUGAAUCCGCUUGAAUCCAAGAGAAAUAAAUUCUUUAUACAAGAAUUUCUCUGAAGCCGUUAAGCGUGACUAUGAGUGAAUUCUAUGAUAGACAGGCAUAUCACA